CGUUGACUGGGUGCGUGGCAUCGAACUCUCCACUGCAACCCAAAACUCAUCCUCGUAUUCUUUCUGCAGCUGGCUUCCAUCUCCAUCUACUAUCAAGCACUUUCUCUACUACUGGCGCUCUUUUUUACUCCCCCACACUCGUUGUUUGCUGGGCCGCAGUAUAUCUUACUCCUUCGUUUCCUCAAACUUCGGCUCCCUGUCACCUGUGGGUCCCCGAUUGUGAACAGGGGCGAUCACGCACAGGCGAAACACCGGUCACAGCGGUCGAGACCACGACCAGGGGACUAUCAUAGGGUAUUGCAUUUCUGAGCAAGAAACACGACAACCCUUACGACUUUCCCAAAGAGCAUCCCGUACCAGUAUCGUAUCCGAGUAUACACUUUCUUGGGGCGAAAGCCUUUCCACUUUACCCAAUAUGCGGAACGCCCGCCGAAUUCUACUUUCGCUACUCGCGAGCUCGCUGCCGGCCAGCGUGCUCGCGGCAGAUGUGCUAUCAACCGAUGGCUAUUCUUUGUGUUCGACAUCAGACGACAUCAAAGUCGAAGCAUUAGACGCGUCAUACGAUCGAAACACCAGACUCAUCACAUUCAACGUUGCUGGAAGCAGCGCGAAGGAACAGAAAGUACUGCUACAUCUCGAUGUCCAGGCGUACGGGAGGCAAGUCUACGAGACGGACUGGGACCCUUGCAGUGGUGAUAAGAGGGUUGAACAAAUGUGCCCGGUACCUGCAGGCAACUUCUCGAGUAAAGGAUCGCAAACAAUACCGGAGGAAUAUGCGAGUAAAAUUCCAGCUAUUGCGUUCAACAUUCCGGAUUUGGAGGGCAUGGUGAAGUUGUCGGUCAAAAGUGCAGAUGGUGGACAGGAAAUUGCUUGCGUGGAGUCUUCGGUCGGGAAUGGCAAGACGAUCAAUAUUCCGUCAAUUGGAUACGCGGCUGCUGGUGUCGCCGCUGCUGCGCUUGCGAUGGGCGCUGUUGGUGCCAUGGCUGCUGGUGGAGGUGGAGCUGGCGCAACCACACCUUCGCCCACUUUCACGGAAGUCAUUGGUUGGUUCCAAGGAAUGGCGAUGAACGGCAUGAUGUCUGUUCAAUACCCAAAGGUGUACCAGAGCUUUACAACGAACUUUGGCUUCUCAUGCGGCUUGGUGCCAUGGGGCCAAAUGCAGACGGCGAUCGAUAACUUCCGAGCGAGCACUGGAGGAAAUACCACGCACAACAGCUACGAAUGGCUGAAGAAUAAUGCCACGCUGGUGUACACAAAGCCAUCCAACGGCUCUUCUGUCGCCAAGCGAGCGCUGGACUCUGUGCUAUUGUGGGCACGAGAUGAGAUCAGUACGUCUGUCAACGGCACUGAAGUCAACAUUGGAGGCGACGGUUCCAGCGAGUCGAACGAUGCGCCAACCGCAAGUGAGAAGGAGCAGCACUUUGUUCAGGGCAUUCAGGCCUACGCCGAGCAACUGUCCAUUCCAUCAUCGAGUACCUUUAUGAACAUUCUUCUGGUGUGGGCCAUCGUGGUAGCAUCGAUCGUCGUGCUCAUUCUGCUCUUCAAAGCCAUUCUGGAAGCCUGGGGCCAAUUCGGCAAGCUCAGUCCGUACUUCGAGUCAUGGCGCAAGCGAUACUGGUGGCGCAUGGCAAAGGCAAUUACGAACUUGAUCCUCAUGCUUUACGGAGUCUGGACAUUGUGGUGUGUCUACCAGUUCACCAGCGGAGAUUCUUGGGCAGCAACGGUCCUGGCUGCUGUCACCUUUGCGCUGUUCACGGCGCUUCUGGGGUGGUUCACAUGGAAAAUUGUCUCCAAAGCGCGACAGGCCAAGAAAGCGCAGGGUGAUUCGUCACAGCUGUACGAGAACAAAGAGACCUGGAUCAAGUAUUCGCUCUUUUACGACAACUACAAGAAGGGAUACUGGUGGAUCUUCAUUCCUACGAUUCUGUACAUGUUCGUCAAGGGCUGCAUUAUCGCAGGCGCAGACGGACAUGGAAUGAUUCAGGUCGCCGGGCAGCUGAUCGUGGAAGCGCUCAUGCUGGUUCUUCUCCUCUGGUCAAGACCCUACGAGCGCCGAAGCGGAAAAUGGAUCAACAUCACGAUUCAAGUCGUCCGAGUGCUGUCAGUGGUUUGCGUUCUUGUCUUCGUGCAAGAGCUUGGGCUGAGCCAAACCACGCAAACAGUGACUGGAGUCGUACUCAUUGUCGUGCAGUCUGUAAUGACUGGAAUUCUCGCAAUCCUCAUUGCGGUGAACGCCAUUAUUGCCUGCGUCAAGGAGAACCCUCACAGACGCGCACGCAAGGAACGCGAAAAGAUGAAGAACGACUUCGAUGCUCUUACUCCACUGGACGCACGAAACAGCCUUCUCAUGACAGAUGUCAAGCACCCAGCCUACAGCGAACAAGACACUUCAUACAAAGCAGCUCCUAUCGUGUCUGCUUCUCCAUUUGGAGCUCCUGCUCGAGGCCGCUACGACCCUGUCGAGCAACAGCGGCGAACAGAGUCUCCCGCAGGUCACAACUUCCACGAUGAUGACCACUUGAUGUCUUCAGCAGCCAGCAUGGGGAGACACGAACCCGCAUAUCGAGACCACAGCCGCGACUCCUCAAUAUCCCGGCCCCACGAUGUCGAACGACAACCACGUCUGCCAGAUCUGGAUUUUGGCCGAAGGAUGUAAAAGUGAAGAAUGCAUUUUUGUUUAUUAUAUGAACAGCAGGAAGCGAGGCAUUUUUCUCCUUUUAGCGCAGCGCUCCUUCCUCACAUGCCUUUCCUUGUUUUGAUCCGGCACGUAUUUCUCUGGGAGUUUUUGUCCACUUUGUACAGGAAGAGCUAAGGGCGCAAAGCAAGACAAUGGGCAAUUUGUGUAUAGGGAGUCGGAACUGAACCUGGCCUUGAGAAGAGAAGAAAGAGUAGAAAAUGUUUCAGCAAGCGCAGCGCAGCAUAGCAAGCAAGCAGUAACGGCAGUCCAUCGAAAGAACGAAAAGAUGUGUGUAUAGAGAAUACUUGUUGUAAUUUUUUGGAUCUUCGUUUAUGAUAAUCAUUCAAAAGUCAUGAUUGCUCUUCUUCUUGUUGUACUUGGUUUUCUGGUUGCUUCGUACAGUUUGACGCGUGGUUGCGGAGGCUCAUCGGACAGAAUUAACUAAGUCUCUUGCAGUCUCAGGCUACCGGAGGAGGCAGAGGCCGAGACUCCGUAGACAGGCUUUCUCCGUAUGCAUGAGGCUGUGUACGAUCUGAUAUAGCAAAUACGGUGGUGUCGUCUUCACCGCCUACUGCUUGAGAGUAGCAAACCGGGAUCUGGGACAUAUGCGC